UAUAUAAAAAGGAAGAUGCCGUGACGUUAUGUGUGGUUAUGUUUUAUUUUGAUUUACCGAAAAUUCAUGGAUUUUUGAUCUUUUUGGAGUUUCUGGUUUUUAUUAUUAUAAAAAAUGUGCACUCCCAAUAAAAUCAUUGCAGACAUUUUUUCACCCUUUCAGGAAUAUGUGAACUCGGAACAAGAUAUUAGAGAGGAAAUAAGAAAAAUUAUGAAAGAUGUUGAAAAGCCGCUGCGGGAAAUAGUUACUCUUCUUCAAAUAAUUCAUCAUGACAACAACUGUGAACAAGUACAUUCUGCUUGUCUUAAUGCUAGAAAAAUGUUUGAUGAUGUGCGCCAAGGAUUUGAUUCUCUAGACAAAAUAGUUCCUUCAGGGCAGUAUUAUAGAUAUAAUGACCACUGGAGAUUUGCUACACAGCGACUGUGUUUUUUAGCUGCUUUGAUAGUAUUUUUAGAGAAAGGAAUAAUGAUAAACAAAGAGACAACAGCUGAUAUUUUGGGAGUUAAUGGUAAGCUGAAUAUUCAUUUGGAUCUGGAAGAUUACCUAAUGGGACUGCUCAAUUUAGCAUCAGAAUUGUCUAGAUAUGCAGUCAAUUCUGUUACAUAUGGAGAUUAUGAUAGACCACUUCAAAUCUCCAAGUUUGUUGCUCAGCUUAAUGCUGGUUUCAGACUCUUGAAUCUGAAAAAUGACUCUCUAAGGAAAAGAUUUGAUGCUUUGAAAUAUGAUGUCAAGAAAAUUGAAGAAGUUGUGUAUGACCUCUCUAUAAGAGGUCUUGCACAAACACCUGGUCAAGGUGAGAGCAGUGAAAAUUAAAUAAUCAUUUUUCACCUAACUCAUCUUAGAAUAUUGUUCAGAAACCAUGAAGUAAACUUUCUUUAAAAUAUACCUUACAUAUUUUUAGGGUAAAACUAGUUGAAAGCUUAAUUUUCAUUUCCAAACCAUAUGUAUUAUUUAAGUCUUUAAUUAUAUACCUACUUAUUCUUUAUUUCAGUUUUUAAUAUGUAUAAAAUAAAUGUUAGGUAAUUUUGCAGUAAAAUAUGUAAAUCGGUUUGGAGUUUUUCUGAGUACUAGUCAACUAGUAAUUUUCUAUGGUGAACACAGAAUACUAAUGACAGUAAAAUCACUGGAAAUGUUUUAAUUGAAUAAAAUUCAUUGACAAGUAUGGAUCAGACAGAUAAUCAUACUGAGCAAUUCUGAGUUGGUUACUCCUAUAUGUAGUAAAACGAAGUUUUGGGGUUGUGAAUUAUAGUUCAAUU